GGAACCUGAUCAGAACAUCUCAGACCUCCCGAUCAGAUCAUCUGCUAAUCACUGAUCUGUGUCUCCUGUCCUCAGGUUCAGACAUGUCUUCUGGCAGCAGCCCGCGGUCUGAGGAUCAGUUUCUCUGCUCCAUCUGUCUGGAUGUGUUCACUGAUCCAGUCAGCACACCAUGCGGACACAACUUCUGCAAGACCUGCAUCACCCAGCACUGGGACGGAGACGGCCCCUACAAAUGUCCUCUGUGUAAUGAAGGUUUCACCUGCAGACCUCAGCUGAGAGUCAACACCUUCAUCAAAGAGAUGGUUGAUCAGUUCAGACAUGAAGCUCAGCAGGGAGCCAGCAGCAGCAGCUCGGAGCAACAAGCUGCUAAACCAGGAGAAGUUCCCUGUGACGUCUGCACUGGACCCAAACUGAAGGCCCUGAAGUCCUGCAUGGUGUGUCUGACCUCCUACUGCCAGACUCACCUGGAGCCUCACCUGGCCGCUCCACGUCUGAAGAAACACCAGCUGAUGGAGCCCAUGGAGAACCUGGAGGACAGGAUGUGUCUGCAGCACGAUAAACCUCUGGAGCUGUUCUGCAGGACCGACCAGACAUGCGUCUGCUCACUCUGCUCUGUUUCAGACCACAAGAACCACCAGCUGGUUCCUCUGGGAGAAGAAUCUGAAGGAAAGAAGGCAAAGCUGAGGAAGACGGAGGCUGAAGUUCAGGAGACGAUCCAGGAGAGACGACUGAAGAUCCAGGAGAUCAGAGAGUUGCUGAAGAUCAGUAGAGAUGCUGCAGACAGAGAGAAAGCAGAAGCUGUUCAGGUCUUCAGCCUGAUGGAGUCUGCUGAGAGACGCCUGAAGGAGCUCCUCAAGGAGAUCCAAGACAAACAGGAAACUACAGAGAAAGAGGCUGAAGGCUUCAUCACAGACCUGGAACAGGAGAUCUCUGAGCUGGAGAAGAGGAGCUCUGAGCUGAAGCAGCUCUCACAGGAUGAAGAUCACCUCCACCUCCUGCAGAGCUUCUCCUAUCUGACAGAUCCUCCACCUGUCAAGCACUGUGUAGAGGUCAGAGUUCAUCCACCAUCAUAUGAGGGCACUGUGGUGAGAGCUGUGGCUCUGGUUGAGGAAGACUUCAGGCAGAAGAUUAGCAAGUUGCUAGCAGAAGAGCUGAAGAGGGUCCAGCAGUUUGCAGUGGAUGUGACUCUGGAUCCUGAUGCGGCUCAUCCUAACCUCAUCCUGUCUGGUGAUGGAAAACAGGCCAAACAUGGAGAUGUGAAGAAGAAUCUUCCAGACAAUCCACAGAGGUUUUCUCACUGUGUUUCUGUUUUAGGACAGCAGAGUUUCUCCUCAGGCAGAUUUUACUUUGAGGUUCAGGUUAAAGGAAAGACUGACUGGGAUUUAGGAGUGGUUAGAGAAUCUGUUGACAGGAAGGGAACCAUCAACCUCAGUCCUCAGAAAGGUUUCUGGACUUUCUGGUUGAGAAAUGGAUAUGAGUACAAAGUUGGUGCUGGACCUUCAGUCCGUCUGCAUCUCCAUCCUGGUCCAGAGAGUGGGGUGUUUGUGGAUUAUGAGGAGGGUCUGGUCUCCUUCUAUGAUGUAGAUGCUGUAGAUGUGAUUUACUCCUUUACUGGCUGCUGCUUCAAGGAGAAACUCUACCCGUUCUUCAGUCCUGGUCUUAGUGAUGGAGGUAAAAACUCAUCUGCCCUGAUCAUCUGUCCUGUUCAUCAGACUCAUUACAUGCCUCCUCUGUUGUUCUUGGUGCUGCUGGCUGUUGUCAGCCUCGAAUGCAGAGCACAGACCGACAGCGUGCUGCAACCAGAGAGAGACUUGAUGGCUACUGAAGGAGGCAACGCAACUCUGCAAUGUCUCUAUGACACAAGUGGAUCCAACCAUUACCUCUGGUACAGACUGGAGGGAGGCAGCAGUCCCACAUUCAUCCUGAGCCGCUUUAAGAUUGGCGAUGGGAAAACAACGGAGAAGAGAUUUUCCUCCAGCCUGGAUGCCACUGCUAGAUCAGUUCCUCUGACGAUCCAGGAUCUUCGUCCGUCAGACUCUGCUGAGGAGGAGGAGGAGGAGGAAGAGGAGGAGGAGGAGGAGGAGGAGGAGCUCAACUCUCCAACAUUAACUCUGCUCAACAUGCUGUCUCUGCUCACAUCUGGAUUCACUCUGCUGGUUCUGAUCACUGGAUCAGGUGUAAACUGCCAACAACUCACUGCAGCAAAGACUGAGGAGUUCAGUUCAGAGGGCAGCUCUGUUACUCUGACCUGCAGUUACUCCAACAAGAUAGCUCUUGGUGAUGAUUUCUUUUGGUAUCAACAAAAUCCUGGAAAACCUCCAGAGUUCAUCUACUACAUCUCAGGGCUCAACAGCUCAAGAUCAGCAGAGUCUCUGAAAUCAUCAACAAGAUUCUCCACUUACCUGAGAGGAGAGAAGCACCUGGAUCUGCUGAUCUCCUCUGCUGCAGAGGAAGAAGAGGAGGAGGAGGAGGAGGAGGAGGAGGAGGAGGAGGAGGAGGAGGAGCUGCUCAACUCUCCAACAUUAACUCUGCUCAACAUGCUGUCUCUGCUCACAUCUGGAUUCACUCUGCUGGUUCUGAUCACUGGAUCAGUUCAGUUCAACUCUCCAACAUCAACUCUGCUCAUCAUGGACAAUUAUGGUCUGUCUCUGCUCAUCGCCUCUCUGCUAACAGGUAUCAGUUGCGAUCAACCGACUCCCCGGCAGAAUGAAGUGUUCGAAGUAGUCAGCAGCUUUGUCCCUCUGAGCUACGCUUUAUCCAAACCAGCAGUUAAUGAUUAUUUCUUCUGGUACCGACAAUAUCCUGGAAAACCUCCAGAGUUCCUGAUCUCCCACACAGCAAAAGGAGGAGAAUUAUCUCAGCCGCCUCCUGGUUUCUCCAUUGGAUGGAUCAUCUCUGUUGAUCUCAUGUCUGACCUGAACUCCUGGAACAUGUUGCUUCACCUCCUGCUCUUCUCUCUCUGCAUCGGUUCAGACAUGUCUUCUGGCAGCAGCCCGCGGUCUGAGGAUCAGUUUCUCUGCUCCAUCUGUCUGGAUGUGUUCACUGAUCCAGUCAGCACACCAUGCGGACACAACUUCUGCAAGACCUGCAUCACCCAGCACUGGGACGGAGACGGCCCCUACAAAUGUCCUCUGUGUAAUGAAGGUUUCACCUGCAGACCUCAGCUGAGAGUCAACACCUUCAUCAAAGAGAUGGUUGAUCAGUUCAGACAUGAAGCUCAGCAGGGAGCCAGCAGCAGCAGCUCGGAGCAACAAGCUGCUAAACCAGGAGAAGUUCCCUGUGACGUCUGCACUGGACCCAAACUGAAGGCCCUGAAGUCCUGCAUGGUGUGUCUGACCUCCUACUGCCAGACUCACCUGGAGCCUCACCUGGCCGCUCCACGUCUGAAGAAACACCAGCUGAUGGAGCCCAUGGAGAACCUGGAGGACAGGAUGUGUCUGCAGCACGAUAAACCUCUGGAGCUGUUCUGCAGGACCGACCAGACAUGCGUCUGCUCACUCUGCUCUGUUUCAGACCACAAGAACCACCAGCUGGUUCCUCUGGGAGAAGAAUCUGAAGGAAAGAAGGCAAAGCUGAGGAAGACGGAGGCUGAAGUUCAGGAGACGAUCCAGGAGAGACGACUGAAGAUCCAGGAGAUCAGAGAGUUGCUGAAGAUCAGUAGAGAUGCUGCAGACAGAGAGAAAGCAGAAGCUGUUCAGGUCUUCACGGCUCUGAUGGAGUCUGCUGAGAGACGCCUGAAGGAGCUCCUCAAGGAGAUCCAAGGCAAACAGGAAACUACAGAGAAAGAGGCUGAAGGCUUCAUCACAGACCUGGAACAGGAGAUCUCUGAGCUGGAGAAGAGGAGCUCUGAGCUGAAGCAGCUCUCACAGGAUGAAGAUCACCUCCACCUCCUGCAGAGCUUCUCCUAUCUGACAGAUCCUCCACCUGUCAAGCACUGUGUAGAGGUCAGAGUUCAUCCACCAUCAUAUGAGGGCACUGUGGUGAGAGCUGUGGCUCUGGUUGAGGAAGACUUCAGGCAGAAGAUUAGCAAGUUGCUAGCAGAAGAGCUGAAGAGGGUCCAGCAGUUUGCAGUGGAUGUGACUCUGGAUCCUGAUGCGGCUCAUCCUAACCUCAUCCUGUCUGGUGAUGGAAAACAGGCCAAACAUGGAGAUGUGAAGAAGAAUCUUCCAGACAAUCCACAGAGGUUUUCUCACUGUGUUUCUGUUUUAGGACAGCAGAGUUUCUCCUCAGGCAGAUUUUACUUUGAGGUUCAGGUUAAAGGAAAGACUAACUGGGCUUUAGGAGUGGUUAGAGAAUCUGUUGACAGGAAGGGAACCAUCAACCUCAGUCCUCAGAAAGGUUUCUGGACUUUCUGGUUGAGAAAUGGAUAUGAGUACAAAGUUGGUGCUGGACCUUCAGUCCGUCUGCAUCUCCAUCCUGGUCCAGAGAAGGUGGGGGUGUUUGUGGAUUAUGAGGAGGGUCUGGUCUCCUUCUAUGAUGUAGAUGCUGUAGAUGUGAUUUACUCCUUUACUGGCUGCUGCUUCAAGGAGAAACUCUACCCGUUCUUCAGUCCUGGUCUUAGUGAUGGAGGUAAAAACUCAUCUGCCCUGAUCAUCUGUCCUGUUCAUCAGACUCAUUGAUCUGCUGAAUCUUGAGAGGUGAGCUGGAAACAUCCUCUGCAGGAAUUCAACAGUUCUGAUCAUUUUCUGCAGCUCGUUCUGAUUCUGUGUUUCUGCAGGUUUUAUCUUCUCCCUUCAGCUUCUAAAAUCACCAGCUCAUUAUUUCUUCUUGGAUUUUUUCAUGUAACUAUUUGAAAGUGUGUCUGAGUUUGAAUCUUCUCUUUGUAAUCUCCACUGUGACCUUGAUGAUGAGAUGCUGAUAACUGAUCGCUGCGUUCAGAAAGUUUAAUCUGGAGACUAAAGUGACUUUAGACACUAAACUACUAGUUAGUGUCUUAGUAGAUAGAAGAACUGCUUCCUUCUAAUGAUCAUUCUGAUGUAUAGAAAGAAAACCUUUAAGACUUUAUAAGACUAAUGUGAUCAGAGUUGUAGUUCUAAAAGUUUUGGAUCUGAAAUAAAACGCCAUAUAAUCCAA